AUGGCAAACAACAACCCAAUCGACCACGAGAAGCACUUGCCUACGUCUGCAGAGGAUAGUGGCGCCACAUCAGUUACAGCAACUGAAAAUGAAGCCGAAAAGCACACAGAGGGUCAAUCUGGAGCUGAAGCUGUAGGAGAGCCAGCUGAAGUCACCGACGAUGAGCUUCCUCAUGGCUUUGCUCUGGCCGCCAUUGUGGUCGCCAUCAUGCUCGCUACGUUUCUGAUAUCUCUGGAUCAGACAAUCGUGGGUACCGCCAUUCCCAAAAUCACCAAUCAAUUCCGCGGCCUGGACAAAGUAUCCUGGUAUGGAUCGGCGUACUUCAUGACCUUUGGAGGCUUCCAGACUGCAUGGGGCAAGGCAUAUAAAUUCUGUGGUCUCAAGACAACCUUCCUCGUCUCUCUUGCACUAUUCGAAAUUGGGAGUUUGGUUUGUGGUGCGGCACCAAAUGCCAAUGCUCUGAUCGUCGGAAGAGCAAUUGCUGGCUUUGGUGGUGCUGGGAUGGCGACCGGUGGCUUCACAAUCAUCGCCUUCUCUGCCGCACCAAAGCAGCGUCCUCUAUUCACUGGACUGGUCGGAUCCGCCUAUGGACUUUCUGCUGUAGCUGGCCCGCUCAUUGGUGGUGCAUUUUCGGAUCACGUAUCUUGGAGAUGGUGCUUUUACGUCAAUCUGCCUGUCGGAGGUCUUGCGGGUGCCAUCAUUCUAUUCUUCUUCCGCACUCCAAAGGGAGCCAAGCCACAGAAGGCGACAUGGAAAGAAACGAUUUUGAACAUGGAUCCUGUCGGUGUCAGUCUGACCAUGAGCUUGAUCAUCUGUUUUAUCUUAGCGCUCCAAUACGGCGGCCAAACCAAGGCUUGGGAUUCCAGUGAGGUAAUCGGUCUCCUUGUCGGCUUCGUCGCCAUUUUCGCCGCCUUGAUUGUUUGGGAUUACUUCCAAGGCGAGCUCGCCAUGGUUCCGUUCCGAUUGAUGAAGCAACGUUUUCUCUGGGCUACCGCCUCAUUCAUGUUCUUCUUCGCCGGCUCCUAUUUUAUUCUUCUUUACUACCUUCCAAUUUACUUCCAAAGCAUUCACAACACGAGUGCUGUUGGUUCCGGAGUACGCAAUUUGCCUAUGGUCGUCACGUUUAGUAUUGCCGCAAUUCUUGCGGGUGGCUUCGUUCAGAAGACCGGCAUUGUCACACCAGUCAUGCUGGCGGGUGCCUCGAUCGCGACUAUCGGAACAGGAUUGAUCUACACAUGUAAGUACCCCUGGAAGUAGCCCUCUUUUUUAACCAGUUCAUGUACUGACUCUGUCGAUCACGUAGUGGACAUCGGUUCCUCAGCUGGAAAAUGGAUCGGCUACCAAAUCCUGGCUGCUUUUGGAUUCGUCAUCCCAUGGCUGAUUCCAAUGAACAUCGCCCAACAAAACGCAGCACCUGAAGACAUCUCAACAGUGACAGCUGUCAUCUUCUUGGCGCAAACGCUGGGAGGGGCUUUUAGCGUCUCGGCUGCACAAUCUGCUUUUGUCAACACUCUGCUCAAGGAACUCGCCAGAACCGCUCCACAGAUCAGCCCCAUGACGGUGAUCGGAACAGGAGCAACACAGAUCCGGGAAGCUUUCGCAGAUAACAUAGACGUUGUUCUCGAGGCCUACAUGGAAGGCCUCAAGGCAACUUUCGCGAUUUCCAUUGGUAUGGUUGGUUUGGCGGCUGUGUUGAGCGUUUUCUCCCCAUGGAAGAAAUUGCAUGGCGCGCCGGAGACUGCUGCUUUUGCUUAAGUGGAGACCUGAUUUGGGGCGAUUUUUCCUGACGAGGUGAUUCUGUAGAUAGAUUGUUGCAAGGAGCAUUGUGAGGUUGCCUCUGGUGAUAAGCUUUGCUCUUUGAUUUCUCUCGAGAUUCAUUCCUAGGACUCCAAAAAUCCAAAGAUUCUGUCCAAUGUAUCCCACCCCAUAAAUAUCCAA